GGAACCGCCGGGGGCCAUGGACGGGGCGGUGAUGGAGGGUCCUCUCUUUAUGCAGAGUCAGCGUUUCGGUACCAAGAGAUGGAGGAAGACCUGGGCCGUGCUCUACCCCGCCAGCCCGCACGGCGUGGCGAGACUCGAAUUCUUUGAUCACAAGGGUUCGAGCUCCGGAGCCAGCCGAGGGGGCUCGCGCCGUCUGGACUGCAAGGUGAUCCGUCUGGCCGAGUGUGUGAGCGUGGCCCCGGUGACUGUAGAGAGCCCCCCUGAGCCCGGCGCCGCAGCCUUUCGCCUGGACACCGCGCAGCGCUCGCACCUGCUGGCGGCGGACGCACCGUCCAGCGCUGCCUGGGUGCAGACAUUGUGCCGAAAUGCCUUUCCGAAAGGCAGCUGGACCCUGGCGCCUGCCGACAACCCACCCAAGCUUUCUGCCCUGGAGAUGCUGGAGAACUCUCUGUAUAGUCCCACUUGGGAAGGAUCCCAGUUCUGGGUAACCGUGCAGAGAACUGAAGCCGCUGAACGAUGUAGCCUGCAUGGAUCCUAUGUGCUGAGGGUAGAGGCUGAAAAACUGACUCUCCUGACAGUGGGUGCCCAGAAACAGAUACUGGAGCCCCUCUUCUCCUGGCCCUACACUCUAUUGCGGCGUUAUGGCCGAGACAAGGUCAUGUUCUCGUUUGAGGCUGGCCGCCGCUGCCCUUCUGGCCCUGGGACCUUCACCUUCCAGACUGCACAGGGAAAUGACAUCUUUCAGGCAGUUGAGUCUGCUAUCCACCGGCAGAAGGCCCAAGGAAUACCUGGUCAUGGGCAGGAUGUUCUAAGAGCUGAUACUCAUGGAGAAGUGGCAGAGGGGAAGUUGGCUUCCCUUACUGGCCCCCAGGAGCCUCAGGGCAGCCCUCCAUCCCUGUAUGCAGAACCUUUAGACUCCCUUCGCAUUCCUCCAGGUCCUUCCCGGGACUCCUUAUACUCAGAUCCCCUGGACAGCACCUCUGCUCAGGCAAGGGAGGGGCCACAGAAACCUCUCUACUGGGACAUGUACGAUCAUGUGCAGCAGCAGUUGCUGAAGACCAAGCUGAAGGACCCCAAAGAAGACCCCAUCUAUGAUGAACCUGAGGGCCAGGCCCCAGUUAGUCUGCGGGGCCUCUAUGAUCUGCCUCAGGAGCCCAAGGAUGCUUGGUGGUGCCAGGCUCGAAUGGUGGAGGAAGGCUAUGAGCUCCCCUACAACCCUGCUACUGAUGACUAUGCUGUGCCACCCACUCGGAGCACAAAGCCCCUCCCAGCACCCAAGCCCCGGGGUCUGAUCAUCUCUGAACGUGGCACUCCAGUGGGCAGUGGCCACAAAGGUGGCAGCUCAGACACUGCCCUAUACAGCAAGGUCCAGAGGACUGCGGCCUCAGGAAGUUGGGACUGUGGGGUCACUAGAGCAAGGACUGACAGGAUUGGUGUCAAAUCAGAGGGCUCCACAUGAGCAGCAGGGAAAGACUGGGGGCGCUGUCAUGGGGAGGUGACACUGGGGCAGAUCUGUUAGCACCCCUGGGAACCACAGGGCUUGGUCAGGCCUGGGGACCAGAGGGAUUAGGAAUGUCAAGGGAAGGAUGAUCAAGAACUAGAAGUGAGACAGAUGGCAGAAGCUGAGGAAUGGAGUUUUAGGGAGGGCAGCACCAUCCCUCCUUUUCAAGGAAUGGAGAACCACUGUUGGACCAGACCUCUGGGAAAGGGGUGCCUAGUCAGAUUAAGUAUAAUUAGAGGAGCCUGUCUAGAGGCUAUAGGGAGUUGAUGGUCUGUGCCUAGGUCCUUAGCCCUGCAUUGUUCUUUGUCAGAGAUAUAUUAAAAUUUUGGAAAAAACCUCAUUAAAGUCAG